CGCAGGACGGUUGCUGCACACUAGUAGAGUGCCGCUCGCUCGGGCACCGCGUCUUCUGCCUCCUCCAUGACACUAAACCUGGGGCAUCGCUGUCUUCUGCUGCUACAGUCUUUAUUUUAGCCGCCACCCUUCACUUUUUGCCACAAGAGGCGGGCGAUAGACGGAUGCAGCCCGGCAGCGUUCGCGGGGAGAUCGCCGCUAACAGGCACAGGUACGGCAAAAUGCUGUGACCGGGAACGUUCCCAGUGACUGCGAUUGACAGCGAAGAAUGGAUGUCCCAGCAGCGAAUUACAGGGAUCCCAGUCGGUGUCCUCAGCAGAGACCCCAGAUCACCCCAGCCUGUGCUGCUGUGGAAGCUCCUUCCUCGGUUUUUAUGACGGAUGGCUCUGCCCCACCCCUACUGCUGGGAGGCCCCUGUGUCCAGCAGCAGCCUGGAUGGGGCUCCUCACCACAUGGCUUCAGUGGCAUGUUUUAUGUGCCAAACAAUUGGCCUCUCUUCUGCAAUGACACACAGCCCCCGGAAGGAAACAGCCCGCAGCAGGAAGGUGGUCCGGUGAGCCCCAGCUCCGAAUCACGGUACGGCCUCGAACCCCAGCUGCUCCCCAGCGCGGUGCAGGUAAUGGAGCAGGACAAGCUAGAGUGGGAAGGAAGGGUGUUUGUGUCAGAGCCCAGCUUUGCUCUUCCCCCACUGGCUACUACUGACUGUGCAGUGGAGGACAGGGGCAACGCCAGCCCUCGGUUCGUUCGAUGUACCUCCUACUCUUUCCCCUGCGAAGGCCUGGCUGCCCAGCAGAGUCACGUGCCCCUGGGAGCCAUCGUGACCCCCUUGGCCCGACUGGAGGAAGGAGAGCACCCUCUACCAGUCUGCACACGCGCCUUGGGCAAGGGCCACAUCCCAGGCUGUGGUGAGUGUGGCGCCUACAUGUGCCCCUUUAUGGCAUGGCAGGACUGCGGACAGCGGUUUCACUGCCCCUUCUGCGGUCAACUGACAGAGGUGCCCUGGCAGUGCUACCAACCCACUGACAGUCAGAGGCAGCGAGCGGACAGCGGACAGAACCCCGAGCUCAGUCUGGGAUCCUACGAAAUCCUUGAUAACCCAGCGGGUGAACCCGCUGGACUCCUCCUGGCAGUGGAUGUGUCAGCUGCUGCAGUCAGAGGACAGCUGGACCUCAUCUGUGAGCAGCUGCGCUCGCUCCUCCUGGGUUUGUCAAAGAAUGAAGGUGAAGGAACGAUGGACCAGUCAGAUCUAAGGGUUGGCCUGAUGACUUAUGACAAGAGGCUCCACCUCUACGACUUAAGCCCCGCCCUGUCCCGCCCUCACAUGCUGGUCAUGACUGAUCAUAUGGAGCUGGAGCUGCCAGUGUGUGAAGGACUUCUGGUGCCACUGAAAGACUGCAGAGACCACCUUGACAGUGUCCUGCAGCAGAUUCCGCAGCUUGAUGGAGGACUGGGAGAUGGCUCUGGCUCGCCAGACCUCCCAGUUCGUGCUGGACUCCACAUCCUCAAAACAUUAGGGUGUCCAGGAAAGGUGCUGGUGUUCCACUCCACGCCGCUGAUCGAAGAUGCAGUGAAUCAGAGGUCCUCAGGAUUCUUCAGCUCCAGUCAACCUAAAUUCCUAUUCCAAGCACCAGAUUCUGGCAUCUCACUGGCUAAAGACUGUGUCAGUCAAGGCUGCUGCAUACACCUUUUUCUGUUCUCAAUGCAAGAUGUUGGAGGUGCUUGGCCAGGGUACACCCCAUACCUCACAGGGGGAGGAGUUUUCACUUACAGCUCUCUUCAGUCAAAGGUGAAUUUGGAACAGCUGAGUCGUGACCUGAAGAGGUGUGUGGAUAAAGGCACAGGCUACAAAGCAGAUCUCAGAGUCUUUGUUAGCAAAGGUCUGCGUGUGACACGGUGUUACGGCGGAUUUAUUCCUGGUCACGAUCCUGCCCACAUCUCCAUGGCAACCAUUGACUGGCACACAACCUUAGCAAUAGAGUUCACUCAUUGCAGCUCACUGGACGAACAGAGGGGUGUGAUCAUACAGGCAGCCUUGUCAUACACGAAUGCAAGGGGAGAGAGGAGGGUGCGAGUCCACAGCUUGGCCCUGCAUUGCUCUCACCACCUAAUGAACACCUUCCGCAACUGCCAGGCACAGACUCUGCUCACAUUCUACUGCAAGAAGUGGUACUGUAACGUGUUGGAGCGCCCACUACAGGAGCUGCGAGAAGAACUGCAGACAGAGGUGACCGAAGCACUGGCAUGCUAUCGCAAACACUGCUGUUCAAGUGCUGUCACACCUGGCCAGCUGGUGCUGCCUCAGUACUUGAAGGCUCUCCCAGUCUAUGCAAACAGUCUGCGUAAGAGCGAAGUGCUGCUUCCUGGUCUGCGUAGCACUGUCCCUCACCGCUUGCAGAUGCGCAGCCGACUUGUCACCAUGGACACGAGAAGCACUGCUUUACACUUCUACCCUCUCCUCCUCCGACUGCCGGAACGUGGCCAGCCCCAGACAAAGCUCUGUGAACUGAAGGCAGUGCGCUGUAGUGCCGGGAGCCUGGAUCCAACGGACCUAUACCUCGCUUACGGACCCCUGGCACUGCUGUUGUGGGUGGGACGCCAUGUGCCAAACACCGUCCUGAAGCAACUCUUCAACGUCACCUACUUCUCUCUGUUACCGCCUGGGGAGACCUGUCUGCCUGUGCUGGACAAUCCCCUCUCCAUCUGUAUCAGGAAGCUCAUUGAAUCCUUACAGUCACAGGCACCCUAUUCUCUUAAGCUGACAGUGGCAAAGCAGGGGGAUGUCAGUGAGGAAGCUCUCCAUCCCUUACUGGUGGAGGACAAGAGCCCCAAUGGUGGGGCCUCCUAUGCAGACUUCAUCUACCACCUUCACAUCAACUCCCUGCGGCUGAUGGUUUAAUAUUUAACCCACACUCUCCAGUUGCCUACCCUUCUGUCUCUUGACAAUCCACCUCCUGUAUUCAUGACGUACAAAAUGUAAGACUGCAAUGCUGCAAGACUGUUCCUAAAAUUAGGUAUGUGGCAGGACAGUGCAAGGAAAUGGUUACUGACCAAUAAACAUUUUUAGAACUUCAUAAUUUUAUAACUCAUUUUCUAAAUAACACACAUGUGGCCUCCACUUGACUUGAUUUCAUAUACCAAGUCCAAAUGUUUAUG